ACGUGUUCGUUUAGAAGCGAUGGCGUUUAACCGGUUUGGAUAAGGCUUACUAGAUUUUUUCCCCUUCUCUUAGCGGCGGUCCGUAACGUUAGCUUCCCGCCGCAGUAUAUGGGAUGGGCGUGGGCCCAGUCGGUGUGAAAGGUGUGAAUUCAUAGUCAGUGACUUUCUCCCUUUCCAAAACUCCAUUCUUCAAAAAGCGUUUAAUUUUCAAUUGGCCAUUUCAAUCAGUUCUAUAAUAUGGAAGUCAUUUCAAGUUAUUGCUUAUCGAACGAGAUUUUUUCAUUUCACCUGUCAGACAGCAGUGCUUGUGUUAUUUGGAAAGUCAAAGAUUUUUCCACUCUGAAAAAAGAACCGAAUAUUUACGCAUCUCCAGAAUUCAUACUCAAGAAGGUCAAAUGGCAUUUGUCGCUUUAUCCAUUUGGGAAUAAAGUUGAAAAUUUAGGAUAUGUUAGUUUGUAUUUGACACCUCACUCAUCCUUUCCUUUGGAAGUAAAAUUUCAAGUCUUCAUUAGAAAUGAAACAGACGCGGAUAAAGUUUGUGAAGAGGUAAGACAUAAUUUCGCAGUUGUUCAAGGUUGGGGGUUUCCCCAGCUUUUUGACAGGCAAGAUCUUCUUGACGGAGACUUAGGAGAUUUUUUGCCGAACGACGUUUUAACCAUUUACUGUAAAAUAAAGAUCAUCGAAAAUGUGGAGGCUGAAACUUUAAGAGUUACAGAAGAUAUAGCGAAGUCCAAAAGAGAUUCCUUCUUCCUGAGAAAGUUUCGUCAGCCAUUGGACAGUGGUAAGCUUUCUGACGUUGUACUCCGUGUGGGAGAAGAGAAAAUCCCAGCGCAUAAAGUGAUCCUGUCCACGCAUUCCGGAGUUUUCCGAGCCAUGUUCGAAAGCAACUUUAAGGAAAAUCAAGAUAACGUCGUCGACUUGAUCGACAUGGAUUUGACCGUAGCCAAGGCGAUGUUGCUCUACAUCUAUACCAGGGAAGUAGAAGAACUCUCCACAGAAAAGACCCUCGAACUAUACGUCGCUGCAGACAGAUACAUGCUGACUGAACUGAAGGAGGAAUGCCGGGAAUAUGUGUCGAAAAACGUGACUUCCCAAAACGUCGGAGACACCUUUGAAAUAGCAAAGUUGCAUUCGGAUGUUGUGUUAUCGGAAGCAGCUAAAAACUUCUUUGCCCAGAAUGUUAAGAGUAUCCUUAAAUCGAAGGAGUGGAAGGAGUAUUCUGCGCAGAAGCCCUCUUCUUCGGUAGAAUUACUGACCUAUGCUAUUACCAGCAAUGAUUGAUUUAGUUAAAAUAACUCAAGCUUAUGUUACGCGCUUUUCUCCUGAGCCAAAUAUUUGUACCCUCUGUAUCUUUGAAAGAA